AUGGACUCGAUGCGCAGCCUCAACAAGUCGCUGCCCAAGACAAGAGGGCAGCACGACGUGCACCAGUCCUUCCGCACCGCUGCCCUCAACGUGACGCACCUGUACAAGUCCGCGCUUGCCGACAUCGACAGGGCCCGUACCGACGGCUACCAGGAGGCUCUCGAUGAGCUGCUCACCUUCCUGGACAAGGAAAAUAUUGGUGUGGGCGACGGCGAGGGCUGGCGAAUACGGCAGUGGGCCACGGAACGACUAGACGGGAGCUUGCCCAAGCAGACGAGCAGCGACAGCGACGACGAAUACCUCGACCACAACCGCGCCAGAAGCUCAUCACCCAUCAUGGACCGAACCCACGGCAUAGACGACUCACGCACGCUGGCACCCACAACGAUUACGGACACACGCUCUGACUCUGCGCCGCCCCUCCAGAUGGAAGCUUCUACGACCGAGGCCGACAUGUCGCCACUACACCACAUCUUCGAGUUCUCUGCAGCCCAAGCUCUCCCGUCUGAAUCGCCAAACGAGACCGCUGCCGCCGACAUGUCAGCUGCUGCCCGCCGCGCUUUCCCUGCUUCUCGCCGCCCCACAAACCGCUCGUCUACCCGAAACCUCCAACGAUCCGCCGCCCAGAACCUCUUCCAACUAGGCAACGGUGCAGGGCAGAAGAGACGACUCAUGAACGACUUCUUCAAUGUCGAUGGCUUCAACGACCGGCGAGACGGCUCAUCCGGCGGAGGAUCCAAGCGCGGACGCAUGUCAUAG